UUACUUACUUGUUUGUGUAUGUAUUUAUUAUAUCCAUAAUUUAGUAUCUGAGUGAUUGAGUAAUUGAGAUAAUCUUUGCAAUUGCUGCAUAUACUAUAGUAGCAAAUCAAAUUUCUGUACACACAAUAACGACGAACGAUGGUGGGAACAUUUAUACUAAAAAGUACCGCUUUAUAAUAAUCGAUAUUUAUAAGCGAAAUACAGUACCAUUAAGAUCACUGUAACAAGUACGAAGAUUCGAUCAAACGAACAGACACAAUAAAGAUGUCAACGUUAAGUUUCCUGUUUAACUGUAUCAUCAUGUCAAUUGGUUUUCAAGAAAUUUUGUCGAUGCCGAACCUUGAGAACUCAAACUCUCGUGACACCAUUUUACGUGAUGAUUAUACUUACACACUUGGAGUCGGCGCGCAUAAACUUCACACCGAACCACGGACUUGGAACGAGGCACGAAAAAUUUGUAUGGCGGAAGGUGGCCAUUUGGCAAUCAUCAAUUCUGCUGCGGAAGAGCGCACAUUAAUGGAUAUAUUUAAUCAAGUGGGCCCGAUAAAGGAUUCCUCGAUCAACGACGAAGCCUUGUUAGGUAUACACGAUCAGUUUGUAGAGGGCGAGUGGAUAACGCUAUUCGGUGACCCGCUAGAGCAAACCGGCUACAGCAAAUGGAGUGAUAAGUGGGGCGGACAGCCAGAUAAUGGGUAUAAUGCAUCAAAUUGUGGUGCGAUUUUAAAGGAAGGCGGAAUGGACGAUGUAUCUUGUAAACUGCCGUACGGAUUCUUCUGCGAACUGCCUAUCUAAUGCAAAAUUGUUUUCAAAACUCUUCAAGUGAAAUAGAAUACCUAAAAUUAAGUAUGUUUGUUGUAAAUUGCCUUAGAACUGAAUUUCUAGUUAAAUCUUUGUGUUAAAUGAGAUGAAAUAAACUAUUUUAUA